AUGACGGCAGAUUUCGGUCAAAAUGGACAGCCCAAGAAGAAGCGCGGACCGAAGAAGAAAGUGUGGCCCGCACAGGUGCGGCAGCAGCGGCAAAUGGCCCGCCGGAACCGCGCUAACCACCGCGAACGCCAGCGGAUGCACGGCCUGAACCGGUCACUGGAUCUCUUGCGUAAUGCCUGUCCGCUCUUUGCCAACCAGCGCCUGAGCAAGAUCGAUACGCUGCGUCUGGCCCGCAACUAUAUUAAAGCGCUCUCGCAGAUCCUGGAGAACGGGAAGCAGCCGGAUAUGCUGGAUUAUGCGCGGACACUGACCAAGGAUUUAUCGCAAGGGACCAUCAAUUUAAUCGCUGGACAUUUACAGGUAUCUCCUCAUCUUCUUUGGUAUUCCGAGCACGUUCUGUACACUUCCGACCCUUUCCUGUAUCCUCCCACCCUUCCUACCGCUCCAUCUUCCUUCCCCUUCUAUCCGCAGCCCGAUGCGCCACCGCACUUCCGCUGUAAUCCGUCCAGCAGCCACGCGGCUGACCAGCUGAUGCAACCGGCUGUCUAUCCAUCCGACGCCUUUGACACGCGUCUCCUCCCCGUCCACGCCGCGCCGUCCAAUCAGCACGCCGCGUUCCCUUAUCGCCACUGA